AUGAACCUCGAGCAAUUACUGGGCUAUGGGUAUCUUAUCCCAUGGUCGAUCUCGGUUUACCCACCAGUAUAUAACAAUUGGCGACGCCGUUCAGCAGCCGCAAUGUCUAUAGAUUUCGUAAUGCUAAAUAUUGUUGGCUACUUCUUCCUGCUGAUAUCGUUGUCACUUCAGCUGUUCAAGUGGCAGGACGAACUAGGAGAGAAGAAUGAAGUACCUAGACCAAAAGUGACCAGUUUUGAUUUUUGGUACUGUUUGCAUGGGUUUGUUAUGAACUUGGUGAUUCUCAGCCAGGUCGCCAUGGGUUCCUGGUUGUGGAAAUUCAAGCAAACUGGAAGCAAUCGAAUGAAACCCAUAUACGCCAAGAUAUUGACUUUAUUUGUUGUUUCCGGAUUACUUUCUACUGUGCAGCUUUUAUGGCAACAGUCGCAGUAUGGUUGGCGAAACUUGAACACCCUGAGAUACUGUAACAAGCUUUACUUGCUAAAAAUCUCUUUGUCUAUUUUGAAGUAUAUACCACAGAUCAGACACAACUUCGAGCGGAAAAGCAUGAAGGGUUUUCCCAUUCAAAGUGUUGCUUGUGAUGUCCUCGGUAGCAUUUGCUCGUUGUCACAGCUGACACUGCAAAUUAAGAGGGACAAUGCAAUCCUCACAUUGAGCGUAGCGGGUGCUAACUUUGGCAGGAUCGGUAUCGCUCUAGUGACAUUACUCUUUAAUUUCAUCUACAUAUCCCAGUGGCUUGUGUAUAGAAUAUAG